CUUCCCUUGCCGUCUGUUGCCACGGUGACGCUGGAAAAGCUUGUCCAGAUUAGCCAGGCAAACACCUAGCUAGCAAAACAGCGGUAGUAAAUUAGCUAGAAAACGUUUAAAGUAAACUGAGGUGCUAUUAGCUGCAAAUAUGGCGUCGGUUUUAGAUGCUCUCUGGGAGGACAGAGACGUUAGAUUCGACAUAACAGCACAGCAGAUGAAAACUCGACCAGGAGAAGUGCUUAUAGACUGUCUGGACUCCAUAGAAGACACUAAAGGAAACAACGGAGAUCGAGGACGACUGCUGGUAACUAAUCUGAGAAUUAUUUGGCAUUCCGUGGCCCUGCCCAGAGUCAAUUUGUCUGUGGGUUACAACUCCAUCAUUAACAUCACAACAAGGACAGCUAACUCAAAAUUAAGAGGCCAAACUGAAGCACUCUACAUCUUGACAAAGUCCAACAAUACGAGAUUUGAGUUCAUUUUCACCAAUGUUGUUCCAGGAAGUCCCCGCCUCUUCACUUCUGUCAUUGCUGUCCACAGGGCCUAUGAGACAUCUAAAAUGUUCAGGGACCUGAAGUUGCGAGCCGCUCUCAUUCAAAAUAAGCAGCUGAGGCUCUUGCCCCGAGAACAAGUGUAUGAUAAAAUUAAUGGAGUUUGGAAUUUAUCCAGUGAUCAGGGUAACCUUGGAACCUUCUUUAUCACCAACGUUCGGAUCGUGUGGCAUGCCAAUAUGAAUGAGAGCUUCAAUGUCAGCAUUCCUUACCUUCAGAUUUGGUCUAUCAGAAUAAGAGACUCAAAGUUUGGCUUGGCUUUGGUGAUAGAGAGUUCUCGUCAGAGUGGUGGCUAUGUACUCGGGUUCAAGAUUGAUCCCGUGGAUAAACUUCAAGACGCACUUAAGGAAAUCAACUCAUUGCAUAAGGUGUACUCUGCCAACCCCAUAUUCGGAGUGGACUAUGAAAUGGAAGAAAAGCCCCAGCCGUUGGAGGAGCUCACUGUGGAUCAGCCUCCUGAUGACGUGGAGAUUGAGCCCGAUGAGCAGACUGAUGCUUUUACUGCUUACUUUGCUGAUGGCAACAAGCAACAAGACCGGGAGCCAGUUUUCUCUGAGGAUUUGGGCCUUGCCGUUGAAAAGUUGAAGGAUGGCUUCACACUUCAAGGACUGUGGGAAGUCAUGGGCUGAAAUACUUUAAAAAACAGUUAUUUAUAGGUGAUGUUAAAAGUUGUACAGUUUGUGCAUAGCAACUUUUUGAUAAGAGAAUACCAAAUGAUAUGUAGGAUAUUUAUUGCAUUGAUAUUCAUGUAAAACAUUUUGUUGUAACAACUAUUAUGAAAUAUAAUUCAGUUUGUAUUGUGUAAAGUUAAUAAAUGUAUUUAAAUAGA